AUGGAGGCGCUGAUCAAUUUGUUAACUACUAGUGAAGAAUGGCAGCCUAAUGGUAGCGUGCCUUUCAUGCAGGACAACCAUGUACUGGAAUUAAUAUUGCAACAUUUUCUAUUAAUGGAAGAUUCUAUCAAGCUUCAAGUCAUGGAUAGGUUAAUAUGCUUCGCGGAGUAUUGCGACAUGAACAAAUGGAUAAUGUUCAAAUCUAACAUAACUAACAGGCUUCUGACGAAUGUUAUUUGGAAUGCAAAACAAAUGGAUGAUUUUGCCGAUAGAACCAUGAGGCUUUUAGAAAUUGUGUGCUCCUAUUCCGUCAAAGUAUCAGACGUCAAAUUAAUCUUGAAUAUGAUUUGCAACAAGAACGAAGAGACGACUAAUAACCAAGAUCCAGCUUGGUAUCAGGGUGCUCUUUUGAAAUUACUAUAUUCCAUUGCUCAGAAACAAAAUACCAUGAACUUUUUUUAUUUAAAGGGAAUAGAAUCCGGGAUAAAGCUGUCUACUAUUGAAAAGUUUCCUACUAAUGGUUAUUCAUUCUUUACCUGGAUAAAGAUGGAUAUGAUGGAAUAUAGUGAUGGUUACGUACCGCGGUUAUUCUCGUUCUUUACAGAAGCUGGCGAUGGAAUUGAAGCUUAUUUUGAAAACAAUAUGCUUUGUUUUCGCUGUAAAAAAGGUGAUAUUGUCUCUACUGUUCCUAUGACAGAUUUCAAAUUCACGCAAAAAAGAUGGUAUUUUAUUGUCAUUGUACAUUAUCCAACGAAGAAGGGGUGGACUACUACACCUUCAGAAGUGAAGGUAGUUGUUGAUGGGAAUAUCAACUUCAAGGCUCGUUUGGAAUAUCCGGCAGAUUAUAACUCUCAGCCUUUUAAUAACUGUGUUAUUGGUGCUUCGUUUGCCAUACGACCAUUGUCAAAUUUGGACAAUAUUUCCUCAAAUGCAUCAUCUUCAGUCUCUAAUAAUGGAUUACAUGAUUGCUUUCGGGGACAAAUGACAGCUUUGUACAUGUUAAAUGAUGUUCUCACAAAUGAGCAGAUAAGUUCUUUAUACAAACUUGGUCCAAACCAUUCAUCUCAAUUUGAAUCCAUUCAGAGAAAAGACAUGAAGACUAAAAAUAACUUAAUUGAUGGUACUACGCUAUGCUCCAAGAUACUUUUUAAUUUUCAUGUUAAGGCAUCGCUCGGUCAGAAAUGUGUCAAUUUGGCAUUUCGUAACCUGAUCACUCAAGAACCUGUAACCGCCAAUUUAUUUGGUAUAGAGAAAUGCACCACUCUUAGUUUGCGGAAUGCGAUACAGUGCUUAGGGGAUGUAGAAAUCCUUUUCCCAAUUAUAAUGAAAUUUGAUAAUUUGGAUUCUGUGAGUCUUCAAGCGCCAUUCGGAUCUCAGGAUGACUUUUUUGCGUCGGAAGGGCCAUGCAAAGCAUUUUUCGCUCUCUUAUCUUCAUUGUUACAUAAUAAUCCAAAGAGCCAAAAUCAUAUUGUUAAAUUCCGAGGUAUAAAGGUUGUUAGCCUUCUAUUACAACAGAUUGGGCCACGCCAUUUUACUAUAUCUUCUUUUCAAAGCAUGAUCGCAUUGGCAAGUGCCUUGAGCUCCAAUGAAGACUUGGCUCAAGAAGUUUAUUCAAACCUUGUCUUUGAAUUUCGUCUUUGGAUGUAUGCGACAAUUGAUAUUCAGAAGUAUUGUAUUGAUUUUCUUAAAACCUUUAUCGAUGCACGAAAGUUAAUGUGCCGCGAACAUUUUGGAAUUCAAUUCUUUCUGGACAUACUACAAAACGUGUAUUGGUACAAGCAAGGUGAAUUAUCUGCUCCUCACAGACAUUCGACUGCUGGGGCCAUGAGACCAAAACCUCCUCAAUUAAAGGAACUUCGUGCUAUUCUAUUUAAUAUCAUAAGUGAUUAUUUCAAAGAUAAAAUCUCAAAAGAUGAAACUCUGUGUGUAUUUAGAAGUCUUUUAAUCAGUGAAGACGAUGAGCAUAUAUGUGAACUUUUAAAUUUACUUCUCAACUUGCUUAUAAGUAAAUCAGACAAAGAAAUAGUAGAUAUAUUUUCCUCAUACGGAGGGUUCGAAAUUCUAUGCGAACUCUUAAAACGGCAGGAUGAAAAUGUUCGAUUUUAUUGUAUCAAAAUAAUAACAUUUUUAGUCACAUGUCCGUUGACACCAAUCAGAAUUGUCAAAAAACUUCGAUUUGAGGAUACGGACAUAAUAAAUUUAAUAAGGUUAAUGGAGAAUGCUCCAUUGACUUUUAAUAUUUAUCAUGCACUAUUACAUUGGUCGUUGGAACAAUUUAAUACUGCAGGGUUACCGAACAAAGAUGAUGCAGAAACACUUCCUUUGGUUUUGCCACCAAUAAAAAAUUUUGAAAUUAUUGUGGCAAUCCUUGCAUUACUAGAUUCAGAAGGGACAAAGAGGACAGUACAAUGCAGAAUCCUCGAGGAAUUGGUUUUAAUGUUUAAGCAAAAUAUUACAUUUUGCACCGAACUUCAUAAAACAUGGCUUUGGCAAAAGUAUCUUAUUAGACUUGUUCCAAUAUAUAGCAGACAAGAUAAUAUUACUUCCGAAAAAGGUGAUAAGGACAUUGCAGAUUGGGCAUUAGAAUUUAUCGCGAUCGUCAUAUGGAAUUUGUUUGAGAUUGAUAACAAUGCUUAUCGAAUUGUCGAGGAUACUAUAAUAGCUAUUUGGACAAGUGAACGACCUGAUUCGUUGGAAACUAUUCGAGCGUUCCUUACUAUACUGCUUUCAUUUGUUACACGAGAAAUCAAUAAUUCAUUCUCUGCGUCAUUUGCGAUUAUAAAAAUGGAAAAUGUAAUUCGAUUAGUAAUGCUCGUUGAAGAAAUCCUUUUUAAUCACAAAGAUUUAACGCAAUCCGUAAUUCAAAGACAAGUUAAUAAUGAACAGAAAAUUAAUUCGUUUCCUGGAAGUUCUUCUUCUUCAAUUAUAUCAGCAUAUGAAUCCAAUUUACCGACAUUAAAUAUAUUGAAAUUUGAUGAUACGGUUAUACAAAAAUUAGAAUCAAAUUUUUCGCCGUUUUCUUCGCAAAAAUAUGAUGAUAUGAUAUUUCAAAGCUCUAGUAAUCCAUGGGAAGAAGAUCAGAUCUUGACUACGAUGUAUCUAGAAAUUAUAGAUACUCUUGAUAGAACUGGAAAUUGGAGAAUGGAUAUGUCAACGAUUCGUACCGGAUUGCAAAACGGAGAUACUUGUCGCAUGGUACUACGGGCUUUGGUUGCAGGUAUUUCAUUACAAGAUCGAGAAUUGCGAGAAAAGGCACUUGACGAUCUUAUGGGAUUUGCAGAAAGGCAUGUUAAGGUUCCAGAUACAAAUUCGAAAGUGGAAAAGAAGCAUUUGGAAGAUUUUUACUGUCAAGAUAGUGACAUCUUUCGACAACAUAUCCUCGUGAUGCUGGGAGAAGUUCAUGAUGCAUUCACUGCAUCGCAAAUGAUGAAUGGUGCAUACGAUCAAAAAAUAUUGUUUGCUUAUUAUUUUAUAUUACAUAAAUGCCGCAACUACUUAGUUAAUAUUGGAAACGGAAAUCUUUCUUCCGUACAAUUUAUUGACACUAUCUGGUCAGGCACGAAAUUUAAUGAUCACGCAUUUGUAAACUUUGUCACGUCACGCAAUUGGAUUCUUAUACACGAUCGUCAUAUAGUACCUUCCAUGAAAAAUGCAGACGAAAAUAAUUUUGCUAUGGUGCGAAAAAUGACAGAAAAAUUUUCAAAGAAAGUUAGUCUUUUUAUUAAUCGUUCUAAAAAGGGAGAAACAAAUUCAGCUAAAUCUGAAGAUGUUUUUUGUGCUGAAUUGGAUGGAAUUAUUAAAUCAUAUAGAGAGGAAGAAUUAGCACGGUUAACUAGUUGCGAAGUUGACAAGAAAAAUGAGGACUUAAGAAUUUCGCGAAAGUGGUUGUCAAGGUUUCACGAAUUAACACAAGAACGAGGAGUAUGGUCAUUAGGAAAUCAAGCUGAUGUUCAUUGGAAGUUAGACAGAAGAGAAAAUUAUUCAAGAAUGCGUCGAAAAUUGACUAUUAAUUACGAUUAUGAUGCACAUCGCGAGGCUAGUGCUAAGCGGGACAAAACACCCAUUGCAAUGCCAGCUAACAAAGCAAAACAUUUAAGCAUUCAAAGAAUAAAAAAGGCUGCCACACCAGAACCUGGGAGAGGCACAACACCUAUAUUAGAUGCCGUAGAACCUUGGACUGAUGCAUGGGGUUUUAGUGGGUCAUCUUUGGUUUCAGAAUCUGAAAGUUUGGAAUCUGAUGAUCAAGAAUGGAAUAUUGUAGCUGGUGACAAUGUAGUUGAUACGGUGGACCUUUCUAAUGAAACAAAGUUAUUUUCGGCUGAAUGCGAAUUGAUUGUUCUAUUAUCUGCCAUCAAGGGUCGGAUUGAACUCACUUCUACACAUCUUUCCUUCUUUGUCGAUCGACAUAAUUUGUUACAAGAACUCAAUAAUAUCGAACAAGGCUCGAUUAUUGUUGAUAGUGAGAUGCUUAGAGAUAAAAAAUGGCCAAUUUCAGAUAUACGUGAAAUACAUAUGCGAAAAUAUUUAUUAAGGCGAAGUGCUUUUGAACUAUUUUUAACUGAUCAAACAAAUUAUUUCUUUAAUUUCCCGGAACCGAAGGAUCGCACCAAAUUAUUCGCAAAAAUAACCUCACUUCGACCUCCAUCAAUGUUAAAUCAAGAUACUCGCUCGCCAGUUACGAUAUUUCAAAGAACGAACUUGACUGAACGUUGGCAAAGACACGAAAUAUCAAAUUUUGAAUAUCUUAUGCACCUUAAUGGUAUGGCGGGGAGAUCUUUUAACGAUUUAACACAAUAUUUUGUUUUUCCAUGGGUCAUUAGUGAUUACGAAUCUGAGACAAUCGAUUUGUCAGAUCCUAAAAUUUAUCGUGAUUUAUCCAAACCAAUUGGAGCAUUAAAUCCAGUGAGAUUAGAACAGAUUAUUGAUAGAUAUGAAAGCUUUGAUGAUCCAUCAGGAAAGAUAAAAAAAUUUCAUUAUGGAACGCAUUAUUCAAGCGCAGCAACUGUAGCAUGUUAUCUAAUUAGGAUGGAGCCUUAUACGUCUGUUCAUAUUUCUUUGCAAGGAGGAAAGUUUGAUCAUGCUGAUCGUCAAUUUCAUUCUAUUCAAGAUACAUGGCAUUCUGUUAAUCACGCAAGCGGAGAUGUUAGAGAGUUGAUACCUGAAUUUUUUUAUUUGCCAGAGUUCUUGGUGAAUUAUAAUAAUUUUGACCUUGGUGUGCGGCAGGAUGGUACUAGACUUGGUGACGUAGGCCUGCCAAAAUGGGCGCAUUCUGCUGAAGAAUUUAUUCGUAUUAAUCGCGAGGCUUUAGAGUCAGAUUUUGUAUCCGAGAAUUUACACCAUUGGAUAGACUUAAUAUUUGGCUACAAACAAACUGGAGAAGAAGCGGUUAAAGCAUGUAAUGUAUUCUAUUACUUAACAUAUGAGGGCGCUAUAAACAUUGACAGUAUUCAAGAUCCAGUGGAGCGCAAAAGUAUCGAACAGCAAAUAUACCAUUUUGGCCAGACUCCAACACAAUUAUUGACAAAACCACAUCCACCACGACUACGAAGUAAAGAUUUUCUUAGGAAGGAUCUAUUGAAUUCGAAUGAUAUCCAACAAAGAUUUGUUGUUGAACUGAAAUUUGGAAAGUUAUAUUUUGUUGAUUUGCCAAAACCAGAUAAAGAAAGUUCUCAUGAUGAGCAAGCAAUAAUUACAGUUGAUGAUAAUGGGGUUAUUGGAUAUCAUCGAGUUUUACAUAAAAGCAUGUCUCCAGAUAUACCUUUCACAGUUGAGGUUGAUCCUAAUUUACAAUACAAGACUCGAUUGAGUAGCCCAUAUAGUUUUGAUGCAAUUAUUACGCCAAGAUGUUUCACUUCUAGUAAAGAUGGAAAGGUUAUUCUGAGUUGCGGUCAUUGGGAUAAUACUGUCAAAAUAACUCUUAGUGAAACAGGUAGAACUAUUGAUUCUAUCUACGGACAUGAUGAUAUCCUUUUUGUAACAGCUGUGGCUAUUAGCGAAGACGGAAGAACAGUUGUUACAGGUUCUCGAUGUUCGAAUUUGCUGUCAUGGAAAGUUAAUUUAACUGAUGAUGGCGAAUUUUUAAGCAUUGGGCAUUCUCCUGUACAAGCAUUUUAUGGACAUGAUGACGAAAUAACAUGUCUUGUCGUUAAUGCAGAGCAUGAUAUCUUGAUAAGUGGAUCAAAGGAUGGAACGUGCAUUGUUCAUUCAUUAAAGAAUGCGAACUAUAUUCGUACAUUACGACCUUUAGAAGGUUUAGAUUCUAAUGUUGAAUUUGUUUGCAUUACUAGAGAUGCAAAUAUAGAUGAAUACUUUUUACAUACAUAUAGCAUAAAUGGAAAGUUUUUAAAUUCCGUUGAGAUACAUGAAAGAUUGAAUCACAUUAUUUCCUCUCAGGAUCAUAAUUUAAUAGUUACCUCAAGCAACAAAGGAAAAAUUUGUGUAUACGAUGGUCUUAGCUUAGACCUAUGUCACGAAUUUGAGAUACCAUUAAUUGGUAGAUGUAUAAAGUUGAGUAAUAAUAAUCAGCAAAUAUGGGUAGCUGGAGAUGAUGGAAAAUUAUUUAUUAUUUCUCAUUUGAGUGCACAUGCGGAUAAGAUUAUUAUGUAA